UAUGUCAUAAAAAUUUGGUCCACUUUAAUUAAAAAAGAAAAUUCAAAAAACUAAUCCUAUUGAAAAAAAACCCUAAAUUCAAUAAGAAGUAUCAGAUAGUAAACAAUUUUUAUAUAUAAAAAAGAAUAAGAAUAAGAAAAUGAAAAAUUUAAGAAAUAAUAAUUCAAUCCUGUUGAAAUGGCUUAGUAAGGAGGAACAGGAAAGACACAAGCAGAAAUACAGUAUGAUUUAGUUAGGUUAAAGAGAUUAGGUGAGAAAAUCGAAAAAGUAAACUUACUUAUAAAUAUUUCUAGAAAAUGGAGUUAACCUACAGACAAAAAAUAGAAACAUUCAACAAGAAAAUUUAAAAGAUGCCAGAGCAUUAUGAUAUACCAAAAGUUGGCCCAGGCUGA